CCCCACCUCUCAGGGACCCCUGCCAGUUUACCCCGCCGUCCAGUCGGUGAAAAAGGUAUCCAUUCAUCCAUAUUCGUUGCGCUCGCUGCUUUGCGAAAGCCAGAUCACCAACUUCUGGCCCGACAAGCCCACUAGGCGCCGCAUCAUUCCAAACUGUCACGGCAAUCCCAUUCGCUGCGGCAUCAUCGAAACCAUGGCUGAGGAAUCCAAAGUCGUCGAUCCCAAGCUCACCGCGGGCGAGGAGGACCUCAACGACAAGGGCAAGGGCAAGGCGGUUGCCGUCGAAUCGGCAGACGAGGGUGAUGACCUCGCGACGGAAGCAGACGCUGCUACAUCGACCGGUGCCAAGAAGAAGAAGUCCAAGAAGAAGAAGCUCAAGGAUGCCCUCACUGGGAAGUCCUCCAAGGAUGACCAGGAAACGAACCUGCACAAGGCAAUCGACAACCUCACCCCCGACCAGGUCUCGCAACUUCUCGACCUGAACCCGGCCCUGGCAAGCGAGAUCGCGAGGACCUCUGGCAGCAAUGACCUGAGCUCCGCGACCGAGGCCCUCAAACGCCUCAAGCUCCAGGAGAUCAUGACCGGCUUGGCAUCCAGCGGAAAGAAUGCUAAGGAUAUGGGAGCAUACAAGUUUUGGUCUACGCAACCUGUCACCCACUUUGGUGAAGAGGCCAAGUUCGAAGAUGGCCCGAUCAAGAUACAAACCAUUGAUCAGGUCUCCAAGGAGCCCCCGCCCCUGAUCCAAGGAUUCGAGUGGUGCGACAUGGACAUCUCCAAUCCCACCGAGAACGAGGAGGUUCGAGACCUAUUGCAGGGACACUAUGUUGAGGAUGACGAAGCUCUAUUCCGGUUCAACUACUCCUACAGCAUUCUGAAGUGGGCCAUGAUGCCUCCCAACUGGAAAAAACAGUGGCAUGUUGGUGUACGUGCUUCCACGUCCAAGAAACUGGUUGCUUUCAUCUCUGCCGUGCCACUCGAGAUUCGCGUCCGCAAGAAUAUCGUACAUGCGUCUGAGGUCAACUUCUUGUGCAUACACAAGAAACUACGGUCGAAGCGACUGGCUCCUGUGCUGAUCAAGGAGGUCACUCGGCGCUGCAACCUUGAGGGCGUCUUCCAGGCCAUCUACACCGGCGGUAUCGUUCUGCCCACACCUGUCAGCACCUGCCGUUACUACCACCGUGCCAUUGACUGGCAAAAGCUUUACGAGACGGGGUUCAGUCCUCUGCCUGCUGGCUCCAAACCCCAAUACCAGGUUCGCAAGUAUGCCGUGCCCGACAACACCAAGCUGAAGGGCCUCAGAGAGAUGCAGGAAAAAGAUGUCGAUGCCGUUCACGAACUCAUGACCAACUAUCUGAAGAAAUAUGACCUCGCCCCCGACUGGAAUAAGGAGGAUGUGCGCCAUUGGCUUUUGCAUAAGAAGGCCAACGACCAGCUAGAGGAGCAGGUCAUCUGGACCUACGUUAUUGAGAACGACAAGGGCAAGAUCACCGACUUCUUCUCAUUCUACUGCCUUGAGUCUUCUGUGCUGCGCGACUCGAAACACAAGGUAGUUCGUGCGGCUUAUCUCUUCUACUACGCGACCGAGACCGGACUAGGCGACAACGUUGACAGAGAAUCAUUCAAGACACGCUUGAACGCGCUCAUGUCUGACGCGCUUGUUCUCUGCAAGAGGAACAAGUUCGAUGUUUUCAACGCCCUGUCACUUAUGGACAACGGAUUGUUCUUGGAAGAGCAGAAGUUUGGUGCUGGAGAUGGUCAGCUUCAUUACUACUUGUUCAACUACAGGGCGAACGCCAUCGCUGGUGGUGUCGAUAAGAGAAACCGCCUGGAUGAUAAAGCACUUAGCGGUGUCGGAUUUGUCAUGCUGUAGAUAGUUAUUAGAGAUACCAUACAAUGACAUUAUAGUUGACUUGUUCUAGUCGCAGUUCUAGGAGGUAACUAGUCUAUGCAUCACUCCAAUCUAUCUGCCCAAUC